AUGAAUAAAGGUGUUUUAAAUAAAGAUGGUAGUAUAAAUAAUGCUGAAUCCAUUAAACGUUUAGCUGAAAUUUCUGUAGUUUAUGCCAAAGCAGGCUGCCAUAUAAUUGCCCCUUCAGAUAUGAUGGAUGGAAGAGUUGGUGCUAUCAAACGGGCACUUGUAGCAAAUGGUUUUGGGAAUAAAGUGUCCAUCAUGAGUUACAGUGCUAAAUUUGCUUCUGGUUUCUAUGGUCCUUUCAGGGAUGCAGCAAAGUCUGCGCCAUCUUUUGGUGAUCGUAAAAAUUAUCAACUGCCUCCAGGUGCAUCAGGAUUGGCAGACAGAGCUGUUGAAAGAGACAUUGAAGAAGGAGCAGAUAUGAUUAUGGUAAAACCAGGAAUGCCAUAUCUUGAUAUUGUUCAACAGAUUCGAACAAAAUAUCCAUCCCACCCUCUAGCAGUAUACCAAGUGUCUGGAGAAUAUGCUAUGUUGUACCAUGGUGCUAAAGCUGGUGUUUUUAAUCUCCAGCAAGUUGUUAUGGAAGUUUUGACAUCCAUGAGACGAGCAGGUGCUGUAAUGUUGAUUAGUUACUUCACCCCAGAAGUCCUAGAUUGGCUAAAAAGUGAUGAUAGUUAA